GGAGAUCAACUGCCCACAGGGCUAGAGCAAAGAUAUUGAAAGAAAUCAUUGGUGAUGUGCAUCAAGAGUUCAAAAGGCUCUAUGACUACAGAGAUAUGAUUUUGCAGACCAAUCCUGGGAGUACCUGUGUGGUAAAAGCAGAAGAUCCAGGUGAUGGGAAGCUGGUAUUCUCCAAAAUCUAUGUCUGUUUACAUGCCAUGAAAAGGGGCUGGCUGGAAGGAUGCAGAAGAAAUAUUGGCCUUGAUGGAUGUUUCUUGAAAGGAGUUUGCAAGGGACAACUUCUUGUAGCUGUCUCCAAAGAUGGAAACAAUCAGAUGUUUCCAAUUGCAUGGGCAGUUGUGGAGGGUUUAAUUAAUGCUGUUAGAGACUUGUUACCUGAGUGUGAACACAGGAUGUGUGCUAGGCACAUCCUUGCAAAUUGGUCAAAAGAGUGGAGAGGGUUGGAGAGGAGAAAUACUUUCUGGAGAUGUGUAAGGGCUUCUAGUAUUCCAGAAUUGAAUGACCAACUUGAUAUGCAAGACAAGCUUGGGGAUGGAAUAUGUCAAAGUUUACUCCACUAUAGAAAAGAAACAUGGUGUAGAGCUUAUUUUAACUGUGAUAGGAAGUGUGAUGUAAUUGACAACAAUAUGUGUGAGACUUUCAAUUCCUGGAUUUUGGCUGAAAGACACAAAACAAUCAUCACAAUGUUAGAGGAUAUUAGAAUUAAGCUGAUGACUAGGAUAGGUAAGAUGAGAGAGUUCUGUGAGACAUGGAUAUGUGAUAUCUCCCCAAUAGCAAUGAAGAUUUACCAGGAUAAUUUAGCCAAGUCUAUGAAGUGUACUCCAAGAUGGAAUGGUGAAACAGGCUAUGAGAUUGAAGAUACUAAAUAUAAGCAUGUGGUAUCCUUAGUGACUAUGACCUGUAGUUGUAGAGCUUGGCAGUUAAAGGGCAUUCCUUGUUGUCAUGCAAUUGCUAGUAUGCAUUACAAGGACAUGGAACCUAUUCACCACAUUGCACAUUGGUAUCGUAAGUCCACUUACUUGAAGGCUUAUUCAACUUUUAUCCAGCCUGUCCCAUGUAUGAAGCAAUGGCCAUCUUCAAGCCACCCCCCGAUUGAACCUCCCCCUAUUAGAAACAUGCCUGGCAGACCAAAAAAAAUAGGAAAAGAGAAGAAACUGAACACCCAAAAUCUGGAAAGCUUUCAAGGAGAGGUAUGGAGAUGA